AUCGCGAUUCGCGAGGGAAAUCCCGCCCCGAAGAGGCGAGUCCUAUGGCCGGCUGCUCAGAGCGCCGACAGCCGGGAAAAGUGAAAGAGGAAGUGGACGGGCUCGGCUGCGACGCGGACGGAGAGCGCGGGGGGAAGAAGGGGCGGCCGGGCUGCCUACGCGACCCCCCUCCCGGGGAAGGGCCGGGGCCGCGGCUGCUGGGAGAGAAGGAGAGCGAGAGGCCGGCCGGCCGGCGGGCGGGCGUGAGCGGGAAGAGCCGUUUCCCGGGCGGAGGCGCCGAGGAGGGAGCAUGGGGGCCGCCGGGGCGCUGCGGGCCGCCCUCUGGGGCCUGCUCUUCCCGCUGAUAAGUGCCCAAGAAGGAAUCCUUCAUGCUUUUAGUAAUGACAAUCCUCUAUUUAAAAAGGACUACUGCAUAGUCUAUAAUCCUGCUUGGACCUCUCUUCCCAGUUCAUUAAGUAGUGCUACUCCUACAAGGCUGACGGUCUUGGCCCCCAAAUUGCUCUGCAGUUCGUCUGAGGUUCCACACGAUAUCAUGAAGGACAAGGCAGUUGUAGUAAAGAGGGGAAACUGCAGUUUUUUGGAGAAGGCAUGGAUCGCUCAAAAUCUGGAUGCUAAAAUACUGCUGAUUGCCAGCGAAACUGGUCUAGAUACUCCUUCAGGUGACAGGACCAUGUAUAAGAAUCUCAGCAUUCCGAUUGUACUUAUCUCUUAUGCGGAUGUUCUUGACAUUAAUAAGAAUCUUGGAUAUAAUGUUAAUGUGACAUUAUAUUCACCACCUUUGCCAGAGUUUGACUUCAGCAUGGUGGUCAUCUUUCUAAUUGCUGUGCUCACUGUGGCAGUGGGAGGUUUUUGGAGUGGAAUGGAAGAGCUAGAGGAAUUGAAGGCGGCUGCAAGCUCUGAAACCAGAGAAGUUUCAAGGAAGAGUUCAGAAAGUAUCAUUUUCAGCCCUGUGAAAGUGAUUGUAUUUGUUGUCCUCUCUUGCAUCAUGUUAGUCUUGCUCUACUACUUCUACAUAUGGCUAGUUUACGUCAUUAUUGCUAUUUUCUGCUUGGCAUCUGCAAUAAGCCUGUACAACUGUCUUGCUGCACUAAUAAGGAAAAUACCUUUUGGACAAUGCAGGCUUGCAUGCUGCAACACAGCCUUUGAAGUGAGGCUCAUUUUCCUCGCUGGAUUUUGCAUAGCAGUAUCUGCAGUUUGGGUUGUGUUUCGGAAUGAAGACAGCUGGGCUUGGAUUUUGCAAGAUAUCUUGGGAAUUGCUUUCUGCCUGAACUUUAUUAAAACUCUCAAAAUGCCCAACUUCAAGUCAUGUGUUAUUCUCCUAGGUCUUCUCCUUGUGUAUGAUGUAUUUUUUGUCUUCAUCACUCCGUACCUUACUAAAAGUGGGGAAAGUAUAAUGGUUGAAGUUGCAACAGGUCCUUUUAGAAACAGUGAAAAGAAUUAUGGAAACUUGGUGGAAGCCUCUGCUGAGCGGUCAGCUCCUCAUGAGAAAUUGCCAGUGGUCAUGAGGGUGCCCAGGCUCCAGUUCUGUACGCCGAUGAUAUGUGGUGUGCCAUUUUCAUUACUUGGGUUUGGUGACAUUAUUUUACCAGGUCUUCUGGUGGCCUAUUGUCACAGGUUUGAUGUUCAGACAAGCUCUUCCUCAGUGUACUAUAUUUCCUGCUCUGUAGCCUAUGCUGUUGGCAUGUUGCUCACGUUUGUGGUUCUGUCACUGAUGAAGAUGGCGCAACCAGCCCUUCUGUACUUGGUGCCGUGCAUCCUUGUCACCAGCGCUCUAGUGGCCUGGAAGCGCAAAGAGAUGAAAAAGUUCUGGGAAGGCAACAGUUAUCAGGUGAUGGACCCUGGGGAUUUUGCUGCUACUGAAGAAAACUCCACACUAUCCAGUGAACAAUGUGGAGGAGAGUAACUGAUCACCCAAAAUAAUGUAUCAAGAUUUUUCUACACAAAUAAUAGAAAACUCAUUUGAUUUUUAAAUCUGAAUAUUUCUUACGAUUUGUUAUGAAAAAAAUAGCCUUGUUUUUACACUUGCACAUAUAUUUUUGUGAAAAGGAUACCAUUAUUGACACUAUCAGAAUGCUUAAGAUGUGCUUGUUUUUCAACUGGUGGAAUAUAUUCAAUAAACCUGUGCCUUGCCUUACUUUCAGAGAUAGUUGCCUAUGAAAUGGAUAGUGUUUUUACAUAUCAUCUCAGUCUCUGCCAUAUAUCAGGCUUCUUGACUAAUCCUUGGAAGAUUUUUCACUGUGGGCUUGCAAGAUCUAGAAGCAGCUCACCAAGUUUCUGGCAUUAAAUGCAAAAUUAUGCUUUGGAAUAUAGGCAACAAUUCAAUUGUAUGAAACCCUGUAUUGCCAGGAAUUUACAAAAUGGUGGAAAGAUUGGUGGUUUAUUUUGCCAUAACUUUGUUUUAACCCAUUUAAUACAUGCUCCUUUCAAGCAUGGUUUAUCUACCUAUUUGCAUACAGACUGAGCAGUUUAAAAAUAAUAAGUACACACAGAGUAGAUGAGAACAAAGAAAACAAACAUUUGUUUUCUUUGUUAAAAACAGAAUUCACAUGAUAGGGGUUCAAAAAUGUUGCUAUGCUGUUUAGUCCCUAUUUCACCAGAGAUGCAAUAAGGUCACCUACAGCAGUUAUUAUAAUGUUACAAAUAAAGGGCUUCCCUUUUCUGGAAGUUGGAUAAAGAAUUUUUUAAUCACAGUAAUUCCUGUGAAAUAAACAUAUCCAUGGAAGCUAAAGCCAAGCCUCCUUUUUGCCAUUUUUCUUCCUAUUCAUUUGCAUGUUCUUGAUUACAUUUUAAGCAUCUGGUAAAGAAAAUAAAUUCUUUUGGAUUUUAAAAACAUUUGGUAAUUGUGACAAAAUGUUUUCACUUUUUUUCUUUUGGAAACUGAAGUAAAGAAGAAGUGUGAGGAAUUGUGUACCAGAUCUUUUAGAGCAGCAAUGUGUUUUAAGCCAAAGAUAUUGGGAGCAACCUGCAAACGACUGUUAGUAGUGCCUUAGUCCAAACAGCAGCAGCACCUUCCAUCCAUGUUUUUAAAAAUAUAUAUUCAGUACUAAUAGCAGAUAUAAGAUCAAUAAUCCAAAGAUCAGAUUCCAUGAUGAGUGAUACCAGUCAGGUUCUUUCCUGGACCAGGUUGUAAGGAGGCCUCAGUUCUGUGAGGAGAGGGAAAGGGGGUGGGGCAGGGCGGGGCAAGAGGACUUAACCUUCUUUUCUAACCUCUGCAAGCGCAGGGACCAUCCCCUAUGUUUUGGUGAGCAAUUUCUAAUUAAGGAUCUAUCCUCUGGCACUCACCAACUAGUUGCGUGUGCGAGGUGCAUCUGAAGAAACCACGGCCACAAAGCAGCAGUUAAAUUCGGUAGUUGACCGAAAAGUGUUGUAUGCCUGAGAAACUUGAAGUGACAGCCACCAAGCUGUCUCAUCCCAACACCAAACACAAGGCAUCUGUUUCAGGUUAUUCUUUAGACAACGCGAACUACUUCAAAUGCUGGCAGAUAGCAAAUCUGUCUAGUUUAAUCUUACAUUUCUAAGACAUGUUAGAUUGUAUUUUGGAACAGAUCUAGUGAAGGAAAUAUUUGACAAAAUGUUUAUCAACAUAUAAAGGCAUCUGUAUUGCUUAAGUUUUGAUUAAGAUUCUGGGAGUUCUCACGUGGUGUAACUGAUGUAGAAGAUGGUAAAAAAUCAACAGCAAUUACUUGGGCUAUUUAAAAAAUGGUAAAAGUUGGAUAGUUUAGUAACAUCUACUGAAAAGCAUGCUAUUAAUAUAGUUGACUAGGACUGAAUUUGGAGACACUUAUUAGAAAUGAUAAAUGUUAAAAAAAAUUCAGUUGGCUUUUUACAUUUAUGAGCCUUAAUACUAAUUCAGUAGCUUAAUGGUAUGGUAAUUAAUAGUACUGAUCAAUACUGACAACUGCCCAUUUCAC